GGAGUGAGGCUGCUGCUGCUGCUGCUGCUUGGACAGACAGCAUGAAGACUCUCACAGUCUGAAACACAUGAGGAUCGUCAGGACCAGAUCAGAUGGAUCAGAGGAGGAUCAGCAGCCCUGAACAGGGGAUGGUAAAGUCUGCCUCAGCGUAUGCAGACCUGCAGCAGCACCGGUCUGAGGGCGUCCACAGGACACCGUCCCCGGUGCCCAGCUACGUCCCCCAGCCCGACUACUUGGAGGGAGACGAGGAGGACGACCUCAUAAAACCCAAGAAACUGCUGAAUCCCGUCAAAGCUUCAAAAAGUCACCAGGAGCUUCACCGGGAGCUGCUGAGCAGCUACAAAAGAGGAGGCGUCAGCGUGGAGAUGAAGCCGGAGCUGCACCGAGUGCUGGAGUCCAGGAAAAGAGAUCAGCUGAUCAAACAGAGGAAACGGGAGGAAGAAGCCCGAAGGAAGAUUUCUCCUCUGGAGGCCGAGCUGCUGAAGAGACACAAGAAGCUGGAGGAGCUGGAGAAACAGCAGGAGAAGGAGCAGGAGGAAAACCUGAAAGCUCCGGAGUUCGUUAAAGUGAAGGAGAAUCUGAGACGGACGUCUUUUCACAGCAAAGAGGAGAAGGAGGUGUAGAGACGGAGCUGCCGUCCUGGAGACAGGAGACAGCGAACUGAGAGCCAGACUGUCCACAUGUUUACAGGACACGCAGGGGACAGGCAGAGACACAGGGAAGACACACUGCCCAGAUGUUGACAGCUGGACGGAACAGCUGUGACGUCUCUCAGGAGUCGAGCUCUGAAAGCGCGACCAUGGGAGGAAACGUCCAGCGAUGACACCUGGAAACAGGCAGAGACUCGGACAACUUAGUGUCUGACCCCCAGUGUUGGACGCAUGGUACGCGAUGGACGGAUCCCCAUGGACGUGGACAGCAACCGCAGAGACCGAUAGUUCUCCUGAUUCUGUUUUUAGUUUUGGUUAGAUGUGAGGCGGAAUCGACGUGAUGAUCUAGACUGAAUUCUCAAUGUAGUGAAGCGGGAGGACUGUCCUCAGACGUCAGUCCUCCCAUGGUGCCUUUAGGCAACGGAGGGUGUAUGUGGAUUUAGGACAUUGGACUUUGUUUUGCAGCAGAUGCACAGUUUAGAAAAAAGACCUCAGUUACAGGAUUUGUUGCUUGUGUCUGGAUCUUUGCUCGGACUUUUCUGACCCCGGUUAAGCAGACGUGUCCCGCGGUUUUUCUCUAAUACGAGAUCAGUGUCCCGUAAUUACAAAGACACCGAUCUUGUAUUUUCUCAUCCCUCUAAUUCUGUUAUCUUGUAGUGACAAGGAGAGAUUUGAAACUGAGGCUUGACAUGGGCUUCACCCAAAAGCUCCGACGGGUGAAGACACACGUGUCAGACCCUUUAUUGAUGCAGAAAUUGUUGUCGUCUGUUCAAACAAACGGAACUUGUGCCUGAAUCUCGUCUGUGCGUCUGUGGAUGAGGAUUUCACAGGAGGGAAAGACUCACCAACAUGUAAAACUUCCAAACAGGUGAAAACCACGUUUUAGAACAUGAAAACCACACAAGGUCCUGGACUUACAGGAUUCAGUUCUUGAGGUGACGACGUGUUAACCGAGUUUAUUACGAUGUACAAAAAUCAUUAUUACGUGAAAGCGUCUCAACUCUCAUUAUUACAAAGUACAGGCCUUUUUUCUUGUAAACGCAAGAUACUAAUUACCUGUAGUCAUAAUAUACGCAAACUAUAUUUACGACCUCCAUACCUCACGUUACCUUUCUUGUCCUUGCGACACCGGUUAACUAAGAGACGCAGAAGGUCUAAUUAUUAGAAAGCGUGAGAUAAUUACAGGGUCAUCGAUAGUGACAGCUGAAUGUACCAGAUCAGAAGGUUCCUGUGUGAGAGGACGAGGUGUAUCAACCAACAGGCAGGAGACGGUGGGACACGGGGCCUCUGACAUUAAAACGAUGGGGAAUAACUUUGUUUGGACUUUUUACGAGGAGCAUCCGGCUCUAACGAGUCACACGGAGGCUCAACCGAAGCCUUACGCCAGUGAACUGACGUUUCGAUCUCGGAGCACUUUAGACUUCCACUGUAAAUAAUCCAGACUAAAAUCGAAAUCAGACUCUUUUCGUUUAUGUCUGACUGUGCUGUGGUUUCUCUUUGUGGCUUUUAAAGCGCUGAUCGUUCUGAUGAACGUGUUCAGACUCAGCUGAAUAAAAUCAGAUCCUGACGCAGAAACGUGCUGAAGAGAAAUAAAGGACUAAUCCUGCUGUUUUGUUGCUUUAUUACUGAGGAAAGAUUCUAGAUUUGAUUUCCUGUCCUGUGAUACUAGACCUUCGUGACCCUCCACACCGGGGCCGGUCGAGGGAGGAGACGAGUUAUUAUUUGAUGCAUCACAUCUGUAUAUGACAUUAUACAAGAAAUAAUCCAGGCGGCAGCAAGACGUAAAAUAACCAGGAUGAAAACGCAAAUACGUACAAUGAACAAUUAGGAUUAAAUUACACCCC